UCUGACAUUUCUGUCAUUUGUGUUGCCGAUUGCUUGUGACGUGAGACGUGAUUGUUUAUUAAUUAUAAAUAUCUUUUGUGAUAAAAAUGGUGUUUUCAUAAGAUCCCAGAUUAUAAGUUCAAAUACUAUUGGUGAAGUUAAUCAGAAAAAAAUGGAUAUUUCAGAGCAGCCAAAUUCUAUAUGUCACAUCCAGUCAAUUCAUAUGUACCCCUUACAAUCGACUAAUCUUAAAGAUCUUCCAUUCAAUUUUUUGAAUGGGGAACACGUCUUGCACUCUGGAAUAUCUGUCGAUGGACUCAUUCUCAUCACCAACUAUCGCUUUUAUCUGCAAUCCAGAAAUCAACCUUUUCAUAUUCCCAUUGGGCUAAUUGAGAUUGCUGAGGUGAAAGAGCUUUUCAACCUGCAUAUAGGGUGUAAGGAUGCUAGAACGUACAGAUGUACUUUUGAAAAUAACGAAAAGUGUCAAGUCUGGUAUGAGCGAAUAUUGAAAGCAGCUCAGGCACCUAAACAAGUGGAACAGUUGUUUGCUUUUUAUCAUUGUAUCUGGUCAAAAGAAAAAUCCCCAGAAGAGGUAGUGAUGCGACUAGAGAACCAAAGACGAUACACUUUUGAUCGGAUUUUGUUUGAAAAUGAGAUGUCAAGACUCCAGUUCCUAGGUCAUUCUUGGAGAAUCUCAAAAGUAAAUGAGAACUACACAUUUUGUCCUACGUACCCUCCAUAUCUGCUUGUACCGUCUUGUAUCAAUGACGACAUGCUGGAAAGUGUUGCCAAGUUUCGUAGCUCCAGAAGAAUACCAGCUGUAGUUUGGAGGCAUUCAGGUAAUGGUGCAGUUAUUGUUCGUUCCAGUCAACCUGAAGUAGGUUGGUUGGGUUGGAGAUCGGAUGAAGAUGAAGAUCUCAUCAAGGCUAUAUCGGAUGCCUGCAACUUUGAUCAGUCUGUGAAAACUUUAGAUAAAGAAUCAAAUUUAUCUCAUUCUCCUGGGUCAUAUCAGUCAGACGAAUCAUUGCAGAUUACCACAAAUAUUCCUGUCCAGGACAAAAAGUUUCUGAUUAUGGAUGCGAGGUCUUACACAACAGCUGUAGCAAAUCGUGCAAGAGGAGGAGGUUGCGAGUGUCCAGAGUAUUACCCCAAUUGUGAGAUUGAGUUCAUGAAUUUGGCCAAUAUACAUUCCAUUCGAAAAAGCUUUCACUCGCUAAGGCUGCUUUGUUCCUCUUCCGCUGAUCAAGCCAAUUGGUAUAGUCUGCUGGAAGGUACUCGUUGGUUAUCUCACAUGUCAGGUUUGAUGAAAGCAGCAGUGACCCUUGUUGCUGCGGUUGAUAGGGACGCAAGACCUGUUCUCGUACACUGCUCGGAUGGUUGGGAUCGGACACCACAAAUUGUCGCUCUUGCAGAACUACUACUGGACCCAUUUUACCGUACAAUUGAUGGUUUUCGAAUUCUUAUUGAACGUGAAUGGCUUGCCUUCGGACACAAGUUUGCUGACAGAUGUGGUCAUUCAUCUGGAAGCGAUGAUCAAAAUGAGCGAUGUCCUGUAUUUUUGCAAUGGUUGGAUUGUGUACAUCAAUUACUCUUACAGUUUCCAUGUGCGUUUGAGUUUUCUCAAACUUAUUUAGUAAAGUUAGUACAGCACACUUACUCUAAUAUUUUUGGAACGUUCCUAUGUAACACACAAAGGGAGAGGGCUAAGAUUGUUUAUGGAAAAACUUUUUCUGUAUGGGAGUUAUUGAACUCUCCCCGAUUCAAGAAUCAUCUAUAUUCUGCUUCUAGUACAAAUACAUAUAACAGAAGAGUAUUAUGGCCUCAGUGCAACAUUAGAGACUUGCAGUUAUGGUCAGAAGUUUAUCUCGGAUCUUUUGAAGAUAAUCUAUCUCCUGGAGAGAGUUCCAGAAUCUGUCCAGACACAAGAGAGUCGUCACCUAGUUACAUGACAAAAACCCGAUCUUACGGAGACCUUAUGAACGAUGGCGAAAUGUUUGUAUAUCAGUACCGGCGUUCUAGUGAUCCAAGCAUCAAGUGCGAUUUAAAGACGAAUGUUUUAGACCAGGAUUCUUCAUCCAAACAAAAUGUAUUACCUAAAAAUGCCUUCAAUGGUCAUGGUAACCACCAAGAUGCCGAUCAACCAACUUGUUUUUUCCCCUAUCUGGACGAAGUCGAUUGCAACCAAGACUGUAUGUUCAAAGAAGACUUGCGUUCUCCAUCUGAGGAUCGAAAUGGAGAACUGGAACAGACACAAUUCGGUGAACUUGAACGUACUCAGUUUGGCGAACCACCACCUCCAAAAGCGACUGAUGCCAGUGACUCCAAAUUAACGAAUGUCGUAGACUGCGACAAAUCUAAUUUUUUAGUGAAAAAUGUGAUAAAUAGUGAAAUCGGCGAGAUUUCUUGUGAUGUGUUUUCAACUGAAAAUAACGAGAAGACUAUACAAAACGGAGACAUAAAUCAUAAUGGAAACGGAGUGAAUGGAGGGAAUAGUGCGGAAGAGAGACAAGAGAAGAUGAUCGGUGAUACGAAAAUGACUUCUGCGGAGAUUGUUGGGAAUUUUUUAGAUAUGGAGAGAUCGAACGGGACUAGUACUGAAACAGUAGUGGGGGAUGAACUUGUUUGCGGCAAUCAGUGCAAUGGUAAUAUGAUAUCAAAAUAUUCCAGUUCCACUUCAACACAUCUGUCAAAUACUAAUAACGGUUGGGACACCUCUUUGCACAAUUUCACUAAAAACAAAAACCUUGAUUCCUAUCGAUAUCCAUUGGGUGAAGAUGGUUUGGUUAUUCUGAGGUCCGUGGUACAAGAAAGGCUCUCUCAGAUUAUAGAAGAACAUCAUAGAAAGGUUGACAUGCUUGGAAAAGAACUACACAUUACUAGACAAAAUCUCAUCAGGCAAUCACGUCUAAGAUGCAAUCAUGCUGAGUGUGAACAACAAGAUGAUAAUAAUUCCGUGAAUGAGUCCGUCUGCAGUACUAGUGAAACACAAGCGUCAGUAGGGGAAUCCCUACGUUCUGACCUGUCUUGGGUAGCCGUUGACGAGGGUUCAACCGCCGACUGUCAGAGGACGCUCUGGGUACCUGACCAUGCCGUUAACAAAUGUACGGGAUGCAGUACGGAAUUUUGGCUGGGAAGGAGAAGGCAUCAUUGCAGAUUAGAAUGUGAAGUAUUUGCAAAAAAAAUACAUCCUAAAUUUGAUUUUCCGCAGUUGAAGUAUUAGAUUUCAUGAAAAAAUCUUCCGCUAGUCCUGCAAGAAAUGCGGAAAAAUAUUUUGUGCUGACUGUUCAGAAAACAGUACGCCCCUUCCAUCCGAACACCUUUUUAAUCCAGUGCGAGUUUGCACAAAUUGUUUUUCUGAACUACAGAGGGACUGCGGAGGGAUUCCUAACCAAUGCAAGCAUACUAACAACCAGACUACAAAUGCAAACACCCAAAUUGCAGCUUCAAGUAACUGAGUAUUUAUCUGAAUUGUUUUUUUUUACACCAGGUAUAUCUGCUACUAUUUUAACAAGAUAGUGGGUGUGCCUAUUCAAAAUUCAAAAUUGCUGUUAUAUAUUGUCCAGAAAGUAUAUAGCUAUAAAUCAAUUUGUCAGCAGUAAUAGGGUUAUGAAAGUUAGUAAUUAAACAUAUUUUUAAGUUU